AUGUCGGGCUGCGACAUGGCGGACGACGUGCAGCGCCUGGAGCGCAUACCCACAACUAUACACAAGACGGCGCGCGCCGCGAGCGCCGCAGUCGCGGCCGAGAUCGCCGCUCUCAUCCGCGGCCGUGCCGCUGAGGGCAAAAAGGCGCGCGCUCGGCCGGCACGCGCUGC